GGACGCCCGUACAACUGCGAGGAGGGCUUGGGACCGCAACCUUCUCCCAGCACAGCGGCCUUCCGGCCUCGCAAUUGCUUCCUGAAGAUGGCAUCUCGCAGCCUCUUCGCCUCCUCCCCGGCAUGGCGCAGGAUAGCGACGCAGGCUCGGGAUGUCCCCCGCCUGGCCCCGUCGAUUAGCGCCCGGUACAGCAGCUCGACGUCGGCCAUUGCCUACAAGGCCAUCCGUCGCCGCCAAGCUCCUCUUCCCGUCGACCAGCCGCCUGCUUGGUCUGCCCAGGCGGCCGUCUCCAACAUCCUCUACGAGACCCCGACACCGUCAGCUGCUCCGCCCAAGCGCCAUGUCUUGAACUGCCUGGUCCAGAACGAGCCCGGCGUGCUCUCGCGCGUCUCCGGCAUUCUGGCCGCCCGCGGCUUCAACAUCGACUCGCUCGUCGUGUGCAGCACCGAGGUGGAGGAUCUCUCGCGCAUGACGAUCGUGCUCACGGGCCAGGACGGCGUCGUCGAGCAGGCGCGCCGGCAGCUGGAGGAUCUUGUUCCCGUCUGGGCCGUCCUGGACUACACCAACGCUCCGCUCGUGCAGCGCGAGCUGCUCCUGGCCAAGAUCAACAUCCUCGGCCCCGAGUAUUUCGAGGAGCUGCUCGCCCACCACCGCGAGCUUGCUGCCGAUGGGCCCGAAGCCGAGAACAGCCAGGCGCAGACCAACUCUAGCCUCGCGGAAACGGCUAAGGACUUCCACCCCAGCCGCCUGGCUGCGAGCGAGGCGCUGCGCCACAAGCACGAGCAUCUCAAGAGCAUCACCUACUUCACCCACCAGUUUGGCGGCAAGGUCCUGGACAUUAGCACUAAUAGCUGCAUUGUCGAGGUGUCCGCGAAGCCAUCCAGGAUAGAUUCGUUCCUCAAGCUCAUCGCUCCCUUCGGCAUUCUCGAGUCAGCCCGCACCGGUCUCAUGGCGCUGCCCCGCUCUCCUCUGUACGGGCCUGACGAGGAUACCCCUGUGAAGGAGGCCGACGAGGUUGUCGAUGCCAGCCAGCUUCCGCCUGGCUAAGCAAUCUGAUUUUCGGCGAAGAGGUUGGAAAAUGUACUGGUCAUGUAUCAACGGGCCACGUCACUGGGCGUAAAGAAAAUGAAUGGAUCAAUCUUCUUCCCGUCUUGG